AUGGGUGCUUGCAUGAGUUCGAAUGGCGACGAGUCGGAGCAGAAGAAGAGGAGUCAGAUGAUUGACAAGAAGCUGGAGGAAGACUCCAGAAGGCUCCGACGAGAAUGCAAAAUUUUGCUUCUGGGAUCCGGAGAGAGCGGGAAGUCGACUAUUGUCAAGCAGAUGAAGAUUAUCCACCAGAACGGAUACACCGUGGACGAAUUGGCGCUCUAUCGAUUGACCAUUUACAAGAAUCUGAUUGAUUGCGCGAAAGCGUUGAUUGGGGCGAUGCGGCAGUUUGGGAUCGAGCCUACAACUCCUGCGAAUGUUGAAUAUAGCGACUACUUGAUGGAGUACCAAGUCGUCUCGGAUCCACAUACGCCGCUCAGUACACAGGUUGGGGUUGCAGUCAUUUCACUAUGGCAGGACCCAAGCAUAAAGACGUUAAUGGAGAGGCAAAGCGAAUUCUACUUGAUGGAUUCUGCACCAUAUUUCUUUGGAGAGGCCGAAAGAAUUUCGGCACCCGAGUACAUACCAAUAGAGGCGGAUGUAUUAAGAGCGAGAACGAAGACGACGGGUAUAUAUGAGACAAGAUUCACAAUGGGGUCCUUGAGCAUACAUAUGUUCGAUGUUGGGGGUCAACGGAGUGAGAGAAAGAAGUGGAUUCAUUGCUUUGAGAAUGUCACAUCGAUCAUUUUCUGCGUGGCUCUGAGCGAGUACGAUCAAGUUCUCUUGGAAGAGAGCAACCAAAAUCGCAUGAUGGAAAGUCUAGUCCUUUUUGACUCGGUAGUCAAUUCACGGUGGUUUAUGCGGACAAGUAUCAUUCUUUUCCUCAAUAAGGUGGAUCUCUUCCGGCAAAAGCUGGGACGGUCACCUCUCAGCAAUUACUUCCCUGAUUACUCGGGUGGGAACGAUAUCAACAGAGCAUCGAAAUACUUGCUUUGGAGGUUCAACCAAGUAAAUAGAGCACAUCUGAAUCUCUACCCUCAUCUCACACAAGCUACGGAUACAUCGAAUAUCCGGCUUGUCUUCGCAGCGGUGAAGGAGACGAUUCUUCAAAACGCACUUAAAGAUUCGGGAAUCCUCUGA